AUGAGUAGCCUUUCGGACAGAGUCAUGAACAUGAAGUUCAUGCGGAAAACAGAUGGUGAUAAAGAAGACAAUAAUAAAGCGGAGCAACAGAAGAAAAUUAAAGAUAUGUCUGAAUGGGUAUUACCAAAUUCUACGAAGAUUAUAGCUAAAAACCAGUCUUCAAAUGUUAUCCAAUCUAUAGGGUAUGCCAGCAUAAAUUCAUUCUCAAUGGACGAAAAAGAUGAGGAACUUAAUGAUACUCCAAUGCCAGCAAAUGUAGGAAGAAAAACUUGGGGAGAACCAGAAUUGAAAAAGGGUUCAGAAACGGAAUUAGAUAUUACAAAACUAAAAGAUUCUAUACCCAAGAGGAAAGGAAAAAAUGCGAAGAAAAACGAUAACAAAAGUGAAGAACAGAGCAAUGAGCCUGAUCAAGAGUCAGAAUUGGAUACUAAAGAUUUCUUGGAAUCCUUAUGGAAAAAGAAUAGUACGCCUACAGAUAAAGGAUCCGCCAAAAGAAAGACUGACAAAAAGGAUGAAUAUGUUCCAGAUAUAAAGAAGAAAAGGAAAAGAUUUAAUAAUGUUUAG